CUCUCUCUCUCUCUCUCUCUCUCUCUAAAUCAGUAUAUAUCCAACCAAACUCUGACCAAUAAUGGCCUUAAAACACGAAUCACUCUCCAGUAGGUUUUACCCACUCCGUUGAUGGACUAUCGCCCCUCCAACGCCAAUCCGUUCUUGGUGAAUAACUACGCUGUGAAGUCAUCUGCUUUAGGGCUUCACAGACUGGUGUUCUCCGACAGUCAGAAACCUCGUCAAGUUCCUUCCUCCGUCUACUUCUCCGGUCACCGGCGGCCGUUGGUUGCGGUGGCAAGGGCGGGGGCGAGUAGCAACUGCGAGUUCAGCAGCUUGAACACGCCGCUCGAGCCGAAGUCGGCUCCGGGGAAGUACCUGAGCGGUUUAUUGCUGAGUGAUGAUGCAGAGGAGUUUCAGGAUGCUGUUUGCAAGCAGUUGGAGCAGUUAGCCGCUGAUCGAGAUGACGCGAUUAGGCGCGCGGAUUUAAGCUCGAGGUCUGAUGAAGCGUGCCUCCACAGGAGGAAAAUGGAGCUCUGCCAUCAAAGGGAUUGGAAGGGGGAAGCUGAGGGUUGCCUUCAAGAGAGGAGAGGCCAAUUGGGGAGUUGGGAAGCUUCCCAAUCUGAGCCUAAAGGAAACACAAAACAACUUCUAUCUGCAUGGCUGGAGGAGGAUUGCGGAACUUAGGGAGCAAGAGUGCCAGAUUGUGGUUGAAGAUAUCAUGUACAUUUUAGUACUAUACAAAUUUCACGAGAUCAAAGUCCAUUUGGUUCCAAGGCUCUCUAAAUGCAUCUACAAUCACAGACUAGAGUUAUGGCCUUCUAAUGACUGGGAGCUCGAGUCUAUUCACAGCUUUGAAGUCUUGGAGUUGAUAAGGGAGCAUCUGACAGGUGUCAUCGGCUGGAAAGCAGACUCUAACGUCGCAGACAAUUGGGCCACAACUGAGAUUCCACGUCUCCAACUGUGCCGAGUCUAUGCUGCUUCCAUUUUAUAUGGCUAUUUCCUGAAGUCUGCCUCCUUGAGGCACCACCUUGAACUGAACCUUGGAUUAACCUGUCAAAACCCGCUUCUAGUUCCAGAACUGUUGUCCUGCGGGAUGAAGAAUAUUGCCUUUAGUCGCAUUGGCAGAGCGCAAUCUACAUCACUAGGUCCAGAGUCAUGUAUUCGAGUAAAGAAACGAGAGAAUUUAAAGUGUUACGUUAUGGGAUUUGACCCUGAGACAUUGGAGAUGUGUGCAAAACCUAAAACCAGGGAGGCUGUGAGCCUCGUUGAGAAGCAUAGUUGUGCGCUGUUUGGGGAUGAAAAUACUGGUUUGAUCGAGACCAAUGACGUGAUUGUGACUUCGUUGUCGAGCCUUAAGAGGAUGGUUUUAGAGGCCGUGGCUUUCGGUUCUUUCCUUUGGGACACAGAAGAGUACGUGGACGCUGUUUAUAAGCUUAAGGAGGAUUAGAGGAGGUAAAUUUUAAGUGGUUGACUUCUUCUUUUCUGAUGUAAAUAUGUUUUCAUAUCUGGCAGCCAUAUUUUGAUAUGUACAGUGACAUCAUUUUGUGUAUAAUGUGAUUUCCGCGGGGCAAGAUGCCUAAUAAUUAUAACGGGCAAAUGAUAAUACCAAAACUUUUUUGGUUCCUGCCAAAA